AUGACCCCAUCCCUGCUUCUGUGCGGGUCGCAGGCUAUCCAAUGGUCUGAUGACUAUCUUGCUUCCCUACAAAAGGUUCUACUCGCAGAUCCUAUUCUUCAACCUUUUGUCAAUGCCAUCCGUGAACUCCCCCGGUUAUGGGGCACGCUGCUUGAGGCAGACUCAGAGCUGAAAGCCAUCUCCGGAAAGCAAAUCCUCGAGCGAUUUAGCAAAUGGCUCGACGGAGAGACAUUACUCGACACUGCUUCAAUUUUAAAUCCCAAUUUACUAUUGUCGCCCCUCACAGUUAUCUCUCAGUUGGUUGAGUAUCUCAAUUACCUGACGGAAAAUCCAACCCAGUGCCAUCUACGCAUUCUGAACGGAGUCAAAGACGGAGGCAUUCAAGGGUUCUGCACUGGAUUCCUCACAGCACUUGCAUUGUCAUGCUCUCGUGACGAUAAAGAUAUUGUCGAGUUGGGAGCAGUGGCCUUGCGUCUGGCUGCCUGUAUCGGGGCGUAUGUGGAUUUGGACCAACGCAACACCUCAGAAUUUGUCUGUCUGGCUGGGCGAUGGGCUGCAGCGGCAGACAAGCAGAAUAUUAAUGCUAUUUUGGCCAAUUAUGAUAAGUCGGACGCGACCUCAGCGACGUUCACGGUUCCACAAGCAAGCAAGUCCAGUAUCGUUCACGAUAUGAAUAAUAUUGGCCUUCAGGUCAGGGAGAUCCCCCUUGCUGGUCGUUUUCAUAACUCGAUCCAUCAAGAGUCCUUUAACAAGCUGGUCCGUUUAUGUGAGAGCACAUCAUCUCUGCGAUUCCCCGACCAUUACCGCCCCCUAGUCCCUCUACGAACCAAUGUCAACGGACAAAUACUCUCUGGUAAUGAGACUCUGCAUGUUGCUGCACUACGAACGUUGCUUCUCGAUGUAUCCGACUGGUAUCAAACCACGAGCAAAGCAGUGGAUAGUCUUGGGCCAUCAACAGCCGGGGAGCUUGAGGUCGCUGUAUUGGGCUUGGGCGAUUGCAUCCCGCGCACAAUUCGGCAGUCUGGUGCUCUCCAUGUAAGCCAUAUCCAGACAGAGGCCAAGAAGGAUUACGACAAACCCUACCAACACCCCAGAGAUGCUGUUGCUAUUGUCGGAAUGGCCUGUAGAUACCCCGGCGCAGACUCCUUGGAGGAAUACUGGCGCGUCAUCGAAUCUGCAACGUCAAUGCUGAGCGAACUCCCAGAGGGCCGAUUCCCUAAAACUAACCUUCGUCGGGAUCCAGAAGGUAGGAUCCCUCUGAAUGGGAACUUCUUACGGCACCCCGACCUCUGGGACCAUCGCUUCUUCAAGCGAUCAUCGCGCGAGGCUGCUUCGAUGGACCCUCAGCAUCGCCUGGCGCUGGAAGUUGCCUACGAAGCUCUAGAGUCAGCUGGUUACUUCGCCCAGCACACUCUUGCAAAAGAUAUCGGAUGCUACAUGGGCGUUGCUGCGUCUGACUAUGAAGACAACGUAGCCUCGCAUGCACCCACAGCCUUCUCAGUCCUUGGAAUGGUUCGCGCCUUCACCAGCGGCAAGAUCAGUCAUUUCUUUGGAUUCAGCGGGCCUUCGCUGGUCUUUGACACGGCCUGCUCUUCUUCCCUGGUAGCCAUACACACUGCGUGUCGUGCUUUACAGGCAAACGAAUGUUCCAUGGCCCUCGCUGGUGGUGUGAAUGUCAUUACCAGUCCCACCCUGCACCAAAACCUUGGAGCAGCGAACUUCCUGAGUCCCACUGGAGGAUCUAAAUCAUUUGAUGACCGUGCAGAUGGCUACUGUCGUGGCGAGGGAGCAGGUAUAAUCCUGCUCAAACGACUUGACCGCGCCAUUGUCGACAAGGACCGCAUCUUAGGCGUCAUCGCCGGCUCCGCUGUGAAUCAGAACGAUAACGCAUACCCCGUGACUGUUCCUGUCUCCCUGUCGCAGACUGCCAUUUACCGGCGUGUGCUGAAUAUUGCGGGUCUCUCCCCACGCCGCGUAUCCUAUGUCGAAGCCCAUGGCACUGGCACGCCAAAGGGCGACCCGAUCGAAUGCGCUAGCAUCCGCCAGGUGUUUGGCGGGCAAGCGGAUCGAAAACUCUACUUUGGUUCAGUGAAGGGGAAUAUCGGACACGCCGAAGCCGCGUCCGGCGUGGCGGGCCUCAUUAAGGUACUGCUCAUGAUGCAGAAGCGCCUGAUCCCCCCUCAGGCGAGCUUCAUCUCCCUGAAUAAAAGUAUCCCACCGUUGGAGCCGGAUAAUAUGGCCAUAGCGCGAGAGGUGACUUCGUGGAAUACUGAGUUCUAUGCUGCCUGUGUGAACAACUACGGCGCGGCAGGGAGCAAUGCGGCUUUGGUUGUCACGCAGCCCCCGUGUGCGGGUCGUGGAAACCAUGCGACAGUGUCAUUGAAGAAAUAUCCCGUGGUAUUAUCUGCCAAUACGCCUGGAAGUCUCAAGCAGUAUGCUACUGUUGUGAAAGAGUUUAUCUCCCAAAAUUGUGCGGUCCAGCAGGGAAACCUCUUGGCCAGCACGGCUUUCCAUCUGGCCAGACGGUACAAUCAUUCCUUCAAAUAUAUGGACGCAUUCGCUGCUGAGUCAAUCGAUCAGUUAAAUGAGAAGCUUCAGAUCUGCUCUCAGUUGCCAGAGUCAGAUAUUAUGGUGUCGUCAUCCCAACGUCCUAUUGUCCUCGCUUUUGGCGGCCAAACGGGCAAUCUCAUCCACCUAAGCGAGGAGAUGUACCGCGGUUCAUCCCUUCUGCGAAGGUAUCUCGACAAAUGUGACGCCCAGUUGCAACAGCUCGGUCUGGCUAGCAUCUUCCCUGGUAUCUUUCAGCAACAGGCUGUCGAAGACACCGUCCAGCUUCAUUGUAUGCUAUUCUCGCUGCAGUACGCCAGUGCAAUGGCAUGGAUUGCUGCCGGUCUCCAGGUACAGACAGUCAUCGGGCACAGUUUCGGACAGCUAACAGCAAUGUGUGUGGCUGGAGUCUUGAGCUUGGCGGACGCAGUUAAGCUGGUUUCUGGACGUGCAUCGAUCAUCCGAGAGAAAUGGGGAGCUGAACGAGGAUGCAUGUUGCUUGUGCAAGGUGAAUUGGCUCAUGUACACAGCCUCAUUGCUCAGACCCGUGAAAAUACCGGUCAUGUCGUGGAAAUCGCCUGCUUCAAUGGACCCAACAGCUUUGUCCUUGUAGGCUCGGGAACGGACAUUGAGACCUUUGACUCUUUGGCUGCCUCGACCCUGAAGACACGCAAAAUGAGCGUUACCCACGGGUUCCAUUCACGACUUGUCGAUACCAUCAUGGAGGAUUACCAAAAUCUGGCGGAGGAUAUGGUUUACAAAUCUCCCACUAUCGCUAUUGAGACCUGUUCCUCAGUCGAAAGCUGGAACGAAUUCAGAGCAGACCGGGUAGCACAGCAGUCCCGCCAGCCCGUUUACUUUGCUGAAGCGGUGGAGCGCAUCUCCCAACGCUUAGGACCUUGCGUCUGGGUCGAAGCGGGUUCUGCGUCCGGAAUCAUCAAUAUGGCUCGCCGGGCUCUUAACGAUGCAACCAGCCAUGAUUUCUACUCGAUCAAUCUGGGGGGGCCCGAGCCAUGGGAUGCUCUCGUUGACACAACGGUUAGUCUGUGGAAGGCUGGGGUGCAAGUUGAUUUCUGGCCUUUCCAAAAAGAACAGCAAUUGGAAUAUCUCCCUCUCAAUCCCCCGCCAUAUCAAUUCGAACGAUCGCGGCACUGGCUCGAGUACGUCGACCGGCCUGGCGCAGAUGGCUUUGUCCAGUCAAAGGAGGCACCAGCGGUCGAAACCAAGCCCAAGCUAGUUUCCUUCGUCAAGUACCUCGACUCCAACCGUCAGACGGCCGAGUUCGCUAUCAGACAAGAUUGCGAGCAGUAUCAGGCACUAGUCCGCGGCCAUGCUGUCCUUGACAGCACGCUGUGUCCCGCCUCAUUGUACGUUGAGAUGGCCGCGUCUGCCGCUAGUCUGCUCGUCCCCGAAUUCUCACCGUCAACAUACACUGCACGAGUUGAGGAUCUACACAUGCAAUCGCCCCUAGCUAUUGAUCUCAAGCGUGGACUCCGUCUGAUUCUCUCAAUUAGCGGCCCGGGAACAAGCCAGUUUACCCUACAGGGAUUUCCCCUCGGUGACGAAGACAAUGCAAUCCAACAUGCCAGUGGUACAGUCACCAUCAGCUCUUUGGCAAGCGAGAAAAUCGAGGCCCGGUUCUCCCGGUAUAGCCGGAUUGUCGACUACCAGCGCUUUGAGGGCUUGCUUUCCGACUCCAGUUCUGCGGCCGUGCAAGGCCCGCUGGUCUACAGGAUGUUUGAUAAGGUUGUCAUCUACUCAGAUAUCUUCCGCGGCGUGAGUAAGAUCGCUUCCAAGGGCACGGAGGUAACUGGUCUCGUCUCGUUGCCAUCUGCUGGUUUGGAGCUGGUCAAAGAGUCAGUCUGCAAUCCGCUCGUGAUAGAUAAUUUCACCCAGGUAGCAGGUCUGCACGUCAACAGUCUGGAAGACUGCGGGCCAAACGAGGUGUACCUGUGCAACGGGAUCGAGCAGAUUGAUGCAUGUCGGCCACUGGACGCGUCUGGAUCGUGGCUAGUGCAUUCAUCAUUCGAUCGUGUCGGGACGAGGGAACUCGUGAACGAUAUUUUCGUCUUUGAUGCUGCCACGAAGCAAUUGGUGAUGACCUUGUUCGGAUUGCGGUUCGCUAAGGUGCCCAUUUCAUCUCUCAAGAAGGCACUGGAACGUGCCAAUCCGGCUCAAAGCUCCAUGCAAACUCCUGUGAAGGUAUCUAAGCCUCCGACAAUAGUUCAAAUGACGCAGCCCAUCCGCAUGCCGCCAAAAUUGGGGAGGACAACCCCAACCGCCGAUGCGCAAGUACGCACAGCAACAAUGGCGUUGCUUAAUGAGGUCGCUGACGUUCCAUUAUCUGAUAUCACCGAUGGUGCUCGCUUGGAAGACCUGGGGAUUGAUUCCCUCAUGGCAGCAGAAAUUCUAAGCGCCAUCCGGGAAAGAUUCAACCUCGACAUCUCCACAUCCACCUUCUCCAGCAUCGUCGAUUUCAGGGGCUUGUACCAGCAUAUCACCUCCGGUACCGAUGCAGGCACCAUGACGCCGUCCUCUUCGUCCGGCACAGAGACCGACGAUAGCAUUCUCCAAGUGCAGUAUACGGAUACCAGCACGCCGUUCUCUGAGAUCGCCUAUCCGUUCGACGAUAAGGAGGCUGGUGACAAGGCCUACGAAAAUCAAGUGGUUCAACUAUCGCAGUUGUUCGUCGAACACCUAGAAUGCGCUGUCCCGAUCCCCUCAGGCGAACUACUCCGCAAUAUCGGUCUAGACUCCUUAGUUGGGCUUGAAUUGGCAGCAGAUAUCCACAAGGCAUUUGGUCGGAAGGUUGACCUGACGACCCUGGACCCCGAAUGUACCUUUGGGCAGUUCUGUGACAUGGUCAUUCCCCAGACUACGAUGCCAGUAUCCACGGUCUCCGAAAAAGUUGACAAAACCGUUCGUUGGGCGUCGACACAGGUCGCUUACUCCACCAAACGCCGGGAUCAAACCACAAAAGCGUCAGACGUGAGCAACGUCAAUUAUCUCGGUCACUGUGCAGAGGACUUUGCCCAGAUACGCGACAAGUACACGGUCUUCGCGAAGCAGGUGGGCUUUGCCGAUUUUCGCACCAAUGUCUACCCCCAGCAGAAAGAACUGGUGUGUGCGUAUGUGACCGAGGCCUUCGCUGCUUUGGGAGCUGAUCUCGCGACUGUUCCCUCUGGGUCGGCGCUGCCUCCUAUUCCACACAUUCCCAGGCAUGCCAAGGUGAUGAAGCAAUACUACAAGGUGCUCGAGGACUCCGGAUUGAUCGCCAUCACGGACAGCGGGAUGAUCCGCACUGCAAAGCCCAUCAACCCGGUCAACUCGCAGGUUCUCUACCAGCAGAUUUAUUCUAUUUUCCCGCAGCAUCGGGGUGAGCAUAUGCUUCUGAACUCAACCGGAUCAAAACUCGCAUCAUGCCUGAAGGGAGAGACAGAUCCCCUGCAGAUCCUCUUCGGCAGCAAAGCAAGCAAGGACCUGAUGGAGGAUGUUUAUACCAACUCGCCCAUGUUUGCCACCGGAACCCGCAUCUUGGGCGACUUUUUCGUCAAGACUUUCAGCAAGUACAAAGGGCCUGAGAAACUGCGCAUCUUGGAGCUUGGGGCUGGUACAGGAGGUACAACAAAGUACAUCGUAGAGAAGUUGCUGGAGCACAAUAUUCCGUUCACAUAUACCUUUACGGAUCUCUCUCCUUCCUUGGUGGCUCUGGCCAAACGCAAAUUCAGCCACUAUGGGUGCGUUGAAUUCGUCGUGCUCGAUGUCGAGAAACCCCCUGCAGAGCACCUGACGAACUCAUACCAUGCCAUCCUCUCGUCUAACUGUGUGCAUGCCACCAAGAAUCUGCUCAACUCCACCACAAACGCACGCAAGCUGCUCCGUGAUGAUGGUUUCCUGUGUCUGUUGGAACUCACCCGCAACCUAUUCUGGCUGGAUUGCGUCUUCGGGUUGUUGGAGGGGUGGUGGUUGUUCGAAGAUGGCCGGAAGCAUGUACUCGCCGAUGAGUAUCUUUGGAAAGAGACACUGCUUCAGGCUGGAUUCCUGCAUGUGGACUGGAGUAACGAUGACACCGAAGAAUCGGAUCAGUUCCGUGUCAUUACUGGCUUCGUGGCUGAUAUUGGAAGAACCAUCCUGAGCCAGGAGAAGACUGUCAUUGGGAAGCUGCAGACUAUGGAAACCGUCCCGUUCGCCACGGUGGAUGGAAUACCCCUGCUCGCAGAUAUCUACUACCCUGCCAAGGAAGAUGCACCCGGUGUCAAGCGCCCCGUUGGUAAGUGCUAUCUCCAUUUUCAUUUGAAGACUUCUUGGCUAAUUCCGCAGCGCUCAUGA